ACCUUCCACCAAUUCCUCACAACUCUCUUUCCUUUUUUCUGUAUUUUCUCUCCAACCAAACAGACUCUCUCGUUCUCUUUCUUUCGCUUGUCAAGAACUGGCUAACCCUCAGGAAACUCUGGAGGAAACUGAUUUCGUCAACCAGAGGGUGGUCCGCGCCCUGUAUGAGGCCCUAAACUCCCGCGACGUCGAGAAGGUUCAGCGCCUGCUCUCGCCCGACCUCGACUGGUGGUUCCACGGCCCACCGCCUCACCAGUUCUUGAUGCGAUUGCUCACCGGCGCUAAUCCCGACGACAGCUCCUCCUCCUUCCGAUUCGACCCCCAAUCCUUCGCCUCCUUCGGCCCCACCGUCAUCGUCGAGGGUUGCGACUACGACCGUUCGAUCGCCUGGGUUCACGCCUGGACCGUCACGGAUGGGAUAAUCACCCAGGUCAGGGAGUACUUCAACACUUCCCUCACCGUCACCCGCCUCGGAAGCUCUGCCAAAUCCUCGCCGUCCGGAUUCGCCUCCUCCUCCAACUCCUCUUCAUCGACGGCUGAGAUCGCGUCGUACCACUGCCCCUCCGUUUGGGAGAGUAGCCUCUCCAACCGGGUCGGGAAGUCAGUGCCGGGUCUUGUCCUGGCGAUUUGAUCCGAAUUUGGUUAAUCUCAAUCUGUGAUCCGGUGCCCCCGAGAGUAGUAUAAUAUAGUGGGCUAAAUAAAGAGGGCUCUGACGUGGCCGCUACUUAUUGGUUGCCGACGUGUAAAGUCACAGAAAUGUAGAUUCUGAGUCGUCCAGGUCGUGUUUGGCUUGGCCUUGUUGUCGUUUUCGUUUCCUUCUGCUUUCGCGUUUGGUUUUAAUUGUGUGUGUGCUGGUGUCGGGUGGAACCAUGGGGGUGAUCUUGACCAAACCCUAUUGGUCAUAUCCUGAAGCGUCUGUCAUAUUAUGGUGCUCUGGUGUUACAUCAUCAAUAUUAAAAUUGCGUUCUUGUGAUAAAUAUUGUUGCUCUUUUUCAAUC